AAGCAGUUGUGCUUAGGCCUUUAUGCUGUCAAACCAGUAGAACCAGUAAACAAACAUUUCUAACCUCACUAACAUAUUUAUUUAUUUAUUUCUACAAAUCCUUAGAAUCUGAUUAUGAAUCUUAAGCAAACAUGUAAAUCGUUUGUUUAUUAAAACAUUAUUUUCAUAUAUAUUAUUUCAUGUCAUCAACAACAUAAAAUUCAUGUUAUACAGUUUGAAACCUGAAUAAUUUUGAUUGACGUGACUUGAAAUAAAACUUGAAGUAAUAAUAUUUUAUUUUUCUUAAAAUUUUAACAUUUUGCGUGCUUUAUUGACCCUCCAAUUAACAAACGUCUCAUUUCAAACUAACUAAACGAAAAACAUAGAAAUGACAACAAUCAUCGAGUCGGGAAUACAAUUUUUAGCAUGGCUCGCCGAAAACUCAGCGAAUCCUCUUAAAGUAUUGGACGAUGCACUGUUUCCAGACGGUUUGGGAAAUAAACACACCGUCGAAAUAAAUGGAGAUCCAGGAAGCGGCAAAACUCAUCUUCUAGCACAAUUAAUUGCAUCUUGCAUUUUGCCGCCGGAAUACAAUGGUUCCGGCAUAAAUGUCCUACUUAUUAAUGCAGAUAAUCGAUUCCCAAUUAGAAAACUCGCUAGAAUAAUGACAAAUUUGGUGAAAAUGUCAUUAAUUAAGAAAUCCGAAUCGUUAAGUGAUACAAAAUUGAAUGAGAUUGUCAAGUUGUCAUUAAAAAAUCUUCUGAUUAUCAACUGCCUUGAAUAUUAUCAAUUCAAUUGCAAUAUAUUUUCGUUGCCAACAAUGUUAGGUGCCAAUAAUAAAAUAGGCAUUGUUGCUGUGGACAGUAUAUGUGCAUUUUAUUGGCAAGAUCGUCAAGUAAAUAGAAUUGAACAGUAUUCAUUGAGUUCGUACGUAUCGUUUGUAUUAAAAAAAAUUCAACAAUCUACCGCUCAGUUUAAGGUGAAAAUCAUUUUUACAAAACCAGCUGAUUAUGAAUCUUUAAAAAUUCGUCCUCUCUUAGAAAAUGCAACAAAUUGCGAGAGAACAUUUGGAGAAAUAAAUCACAGGAUUGGUCUUACUUAUGAUGUCAACUCGACUCAUGGAAUAUGUAAAGUUCAAUCAGCUAAAGGCUCUAAAACCAUUAAUUAUAAAAUAACAGAUGUUGGCAUCAAAUGGUUAGAUGUUGCUCAAUCAUAAAAACAGUUGUGGGGAAUUUUAAUGCAAUUUAUUUUUCAUUCUUCAAUUUUAAUACGAUUCGAACUUUAUGCUUAAGAAAUUUCAAUUUUAAAUGUUCAUGUUCAUCUAAAUGUCAUAAUUUUGAAUGUUUCUACUUUUCUAAAAAAUGUUUACCAAUUAAGGUUACAUAAAUUAAUUGUUCAAAUAAAAGAAAAUGGAAUAUUUUUUGUUUUCAAAAUUGUUAACCUGCUGUUAAUUUAAAAUUUGAAAGUACUUUUCUCAGUUUUUAAGUUCACAAAUACGUUUAG